CUGCCUGAUAAAGAUGGGACAGCUAUAAAAGUAGGAGGCAGCUCUUCUUUUUCUGCAAGUUAAGUGUGAGCCCUGAUCUAGAAAGCCACAAAAAUGAAGUCUGCCUUUUCCUUGCUUGUACUUUUUUGUUUCCUGAAAGUCAGAGCUGGAAACCCAGAACAAGAACAUAAUAAAACAGAGAAUUCUGCGUGCCCUAUCAGGCUCAAACCAAAUGGACAGUGUGGGGAUAAUGAGGAAUGUCCUUAUCAAGUGACCCUACCUCCGUUGACUCUACAGCUUCCAAAGCAAUUCAAAAUGCUUGAACGGGUUAUGAAAGAUUUACAGAAUCUUAAAGAAGAUUUGAGCAAUCUGAAACGUUCAUGUUUGGAGUGCAAACAGCAAGCCGAUGAGAGUCAGCCCAGGAACACUGAUGAAGCUCUAACAGGUGAAGAUGAAACUGGAAAUGACUUAAAAGAGAUCCAAAACAAACUUAAAAAAAUGUCUAUCAGUCUCAAGAAUACAAAAAAUCAGAUUAAUAACUUGCAGUCUUCAUCCCAGGAAAUGAAUGCGAAAAAAGUUGAAGAAAUAGUUAAUAAUGUGUUACAAAACAAACUGGAGAAUUGUCCUCAUGACUGUCCCUUGUCUGGACUAAUAGGUAAAAGAGUAUUCUACACUGAUUGUUCCAAACUUUACAACAGCCAACAAGUAAACAACGGCAUUUACCUGGUAACCCCCGACAUAAACAACUCCUCGUUUAACGCUUCCUGUGACAUGGAAUCCUUUGGUGGCGGCUGGACCGUAAUACAGCGGCGUAGCAACGGCGACGUCAGCUUCAAUCGCACUUGGAAAGAAUACAAGGAUGGCUUUGGAGACCUCAGCGGGGAUUUCUGGCUCGGCAACGACAAGAUUCAUCUCCUCACCAAGGCCAAAGACAUGAUACUUCGAAUUGAGAUGGAGGACUUGGAUGGCGUGCGUGAGUAUGCCAAGUAUGAGCAAUUUUACGUUUCAAACGAGUAUCUCAAGUACCGCUUGUCAGUGAGCAGUUAUUCGGGGACAGCCGGUGAUUCUCUUCAUUUCAGCAAGCAUUACAAUCACGACCAGAAAUUCUUCAGUACUCCCGACAAGGACAAUGACAUGUAUCCGUCUGGCAACUGCGGCAGUUACUACAGUUCGGGCUGGUGGUUCGACGCCUGCAUGGCUUCCAAUUUAAAUGGCAUCUUCUAUAACAAAAAAUACAAAGGGGUGCGCAAUGGAAUUUUCUGGGGCACGUGGCAUAAUAUCUCAGACGGACAGCCAAAUGGUUACAAACAGGCUUUCAAAAGUGUAAAAAUGAUGAUUCGACCUAAAGAUUUCAACCCCUAAAAUUAAACAAACGUAAAAAUGAAUUAUGAGAAAUACGGUAGAAAUGCUUUACUGGUCAAUCUGUUACAGUUAUCUUCUUGCUUUGGUAUCAUAUUUUCUCAGCUUGAAGAGAAAUGGUAACUGCAUGCCGAAAGAAAAAAAAAAGAAUAUGUCUUUGAACUGGGUACCUGUUUAUAACGAUGUUCAUAAUGAUGUACUGCAGUUUUAAACUGGGUAUGUGUGAUAGCGAUGCUUAGCAGUCUUUAAUGCAUUUACUGGUGUUAUAUACUAAUUCUAAAAGUGUGCCAGAAUAUCAAAAAGCAGAUGAACGCCCAACAUGUGUUUUCCGUUUUGCAUCUCAUUUCCCGUCGCAUUCUUGCAAUGUGUUUUAAAUUGUAUUCCAAAAAUCUGCUUCUUUUCAUCUACAGUAUAUUAAAUGUUAAACACACGCGCGCAGUACUGUGCAUGAACUGGCAGUGUAGCCAUGUGGCUAAGAUGAUGGUCCUUCAACUUCAAGUAUCCACCUCAGACAUGCAGUGUGGCCCUAAAAUAGUUAAUAGUGGUGUAACUGUCAACACUUGCACUGUACAUUUUCAUUGAUUAGACUUUGUAAUGUAACAUCAAGGUAUAUUCAUGCCCAUUUUUAGUAUUUAGAAGAGGUAGAGAGCUAAAACCUGGCUUAGGAGCACAGCACACUCAAACACAAUCACACAUAAGUAUACACCGUAACCAAACUUCUGUGAAAAAAUCCAUAUGGACCUGGGAGAACUUUGUAACUUCUAAAAGAAAGCACUCCAGCUGAACUGUGGGCAACUGCUGGAAGACAGCGCAGUAAUGAAAUUAAAUCGUUACAGUAAAAAUAAAGACUACUAUAUGUAAACAGACUUAUGCAUCUAUGUCUGCUGUAAGUUAAAUGUCUUUCUGUGUAUAUGUCAUAUACAAAGCAUACUAAAACCAAGAUGUAAAUACUAAUGAAAGAAAAAUUUGUUUUUGCUGUUUGCUACAAUCUUGUCCGACUCACCUUUACCCUGUUAAUAAAUUAACAUAGAUACAAAGGAAAUUAGGUGUGUGACAUCCUGACUACUUUAACCACUGUUUUUUAGAUUUUUAAAGAUAUGCAAUUGUUACACUUCAGGUUAAAUUGCAAACAGAUAAAGGAAGACUCCACCUAAACCAUUUCAUUGGGGCACAAUUCUCAGAAAUAAAGUAAAGUGCAUAAAAACAAAACAUACAGUAAGUACAUACCCUAACCUACUUGUAACUUCAUAAACUUAUAAUACAGGCACUAUAAUUAAUGAAAACCUUUUAUAGCAUUUUUAAAUGUAAACCUAUCAUAAUGUGUUUCAUGUUUGCAUUAUUUUGUAAGAACAAAAUGAAACUUUGCUCUAGUGUGGGUUGAGUUAAAAAUGAAUUUUUUUUCAUGAUUUAAGUCAGAAGUGUACAGUAUUUAUUGUGAAUGAUGGGCAAGGAGAGAAAGCUUAAUAUAUACCAUACAUAGUGUAUUAUUUAGAUAAUGAGAUGGCUGUCAUUUGACUUGUUGUCUCCUAGUAAAUGCAAAUACAAAAUUCUACUAUUUUCUACUAUUCUACUAUUUUGUAUGACUACUGUCUUUCAGAUUGUUUAAAUGUUUCCAUUUGCCUUUAGAAAACAUUUUUGAUUGGUACAGUAUUAAAUAGACAAUUAACAAUAAUGGGAUUUUCAAGUCUUAAUGUUUGGAAUGUGUACUCAAUUCUGUACUAAUAUUUUGCUUUAUGAUCUCAGGUAGACGAAAACAUUU